CCGUGAGCGGAUUAUUUUUGCAGACGAGGAUGGGGACCGAGGGAGAGGCAGAGGCACUGCAAUUCACACACUCGAUAUGUCUUCUAGCGGCAAUGGUCCAUCAUCAUAGUAUAGUUGCAUCCGUGGUUUUGACUUCUGCCCUUGGCAUUGCGGAGGCAGGCGGGUGUGAGUGCACUAGAUCGGAACCUCAGGUGCAGGUGUGGAAAUUACAAUAUUCUAUCUGACGUCGUUGAUAGAAGAGAAAGGGGUUCUGCAAACGCGCGGAGCGAAACCCUCGUGAUUGGUUGAAGGGGUGAGGUCAGGUAGGAGUCGAGGCGCCGUUUGUUUAAAAACCCCUCCCCGUAUGCAGUGCAUUUAGACGCGAAUCAAUUUUCGUGUCUUUAUGUUCAAGACGGCCAACUACCCGAUGGCUGCGGAUCCCGGGCCCACCAUCAUGCAUGGGAGUUGGUUCAAUAACACGGGCUUCAGGGGAAACAAUACGCCUGUGACGGUUGAGAAACCGAAGAAGAAGGCAUUUUACCUGGUCAGAAUGAUGUCUCUCAACAACAAUAAGAAAGAGCAACAAACCAACCAUCAGCAUCACCAGAAUAACAAUAUGCCCUUCAUGAUCCACUGUCACAUCGGGAAAGAGAUCAAGCACAUUUGCAGCAACUGCAGCCGCGCGAACGAUACCCAGGACGAGGAGGUCGAGAGGCUGGCCGCAAUGCGCUCUGAGUCCCUGGUCCCUGGCACGCACACCCCACCCAUCCGCCGCCGCAGCAAGUUUGCCACUCUGGGCCGUCUCCUCAAGCCCUGGAAGUGGAGGAAGAAGAAGAGUGAGAAGUUCAGGCAGACCUCUGCAGUGCUGGAGAGGAAGAUGUCGGUAAGGCAAAGCAGAGAGGAGCUGAUUAAGAGAGGUGUGCUGAAGGAGAUCUUUGAGAAAGCAACCGUGGAAUUCCGAUCCUCGAUGGAGGGCGGAGUCUGUACUCAGGAGCCCUCUAGUAUGAAGUCGUCUAUGGUCCUUCCUUCAAAGAAAUCUGUUGGUUUCCUCUGCAACGUUCAGGACAACGCCGCCAAGCCCCCCAUGUACCACAAACAGCCCCCUGCGCUCCCCCCCAGACCUUUCAACAGGAUUCCCAACUACAGCACAGACUCUUGCCAGCAGAUGAAGCUGUCCUGUAUGCCAGGCCAGGGAGGGAAGCUCUCUCCUCCGCUACCUCCCAAGAAGGUUAUGAUCUGUGUGCCUCAAGGGGGAAUGGACAGCUCCUCCCCCUCCCCCCUCAGCACUUUCUCCCAGCAGAAGUGCCCCCCUCUACAGGGCCACCCCUCCCACCAUGGCCCUCUGCUGCCCUCGCAGCUCACAGGCCUGGCCAACCUCCACCAGGGCCUCCUGGGGGGUGGGAACCACCAUAACCACGGGCACACUCACAACCAUGGCCACAGCCACCCACUCCAGCUGCAGUACGGAUCCAUGCAAGGCCACACCCCCAGCCGCAUUAUGGAGGAGCUCAACAAGACGCUGGCCUUCAACCUGCAGAGGCUGGAGAACAAUGCAAUGCAUUCUGGUCAGUGUAGUCUGCUGGACAGAAGCCAGGUGCCCUCUGUGGUCAUCGACGAGGACAACAAGGAGAACAUGCCCAACGAGUCCGACUACGAGGACCUACCCAGCAUGUACAAAGAUGAGGAUGAAUAUGAUGACGAGGAUGAUGAUGAUUCGCUCUUUACAAGUACCCUGGCUCUGAAGGUGUUGAGGAAGGACUCUCUGGCCGUCAAGCUGAGUAAUCGUCCAUCUAAGAGUGAGCUGGAGGAGAAGAACAUCCUGCCAAUGCAGACUGACGAGGAGAGGCUGGAGUCCAGGCAGCAGAUAGGCACCAAGCUCACACGGCGGUUGAGUCAGAGGCCCAGUGCUGAGGAGCUGGAACAGAGGAAUAUCCUGAAACGUGAGUAUUCGCGCAACGAGCAGGAGGAGUUGGAGGAGAAGCGGGAGAUAAAACGCCGACUAACGCGAAAGCUGAGUCAGAGGCCCACGGUGGAGGAGCUGAGACAGGCAAAGAUCCUGAUCCGCUUCAGUGACUACGUAGAGGUGUCUGACGCCCCGGAACACGACCGGCGGGCAGACAAACCCUGGACACGCCUCACAGCAGCCGACAAGGCAACUAUACGGAAGGAACUCAACGAUUUCAAGAGCAACGAGAUGGAAGUGCAUGAGUCAAGUCGCCAUUUAACCAGGUUUCACAGACCAUAGACCAUCACUGUCUGAUUGGAACGCUGGACAGACUGGCUGUUUUCCACUGAGAACCAUAAGUGCUGGACAGUAAAUGGUGCCCAUUUCUACAAUAAGGCCAUGUCUUCUGAUCUGAAAUGCCUUUCAAUACCCUGCAACUGAGUUGGUCGGUAGCUUCCCCUCCAGAGACAAACAGUAGAUGGACACCUGAUUUAGUAGCACAUAAUCUACCCCCCCCCCUCAAUUCCCACCCAUCUUAACAUCUUUUCUUUCUGUGUAACUGACUAGCUGGUCCCACACCCCAGUGCUGAACGCUCAGGGAAGCACCUCCGUGCUUUGGGGAUGAUGGUAGUGGGAUAGGCUGGUUGGGAUUGGACACCUGCCAUCUCCAUCAUUGACUGGCUGUGAUGACACCUGUGCCCCUCCCUCACGGUGUCAUUCUUGGCUGUGAUUGAUCUGUUGCUCUUGGUGAGAGGAGCCUCCACUUCCUCACUCUCUCUUCAUCAAAAAGGACAGUUUUAACCCGUCUAUCCAUGGACCUUGGGAGAGAUGGACUUCAACCACUUGGAGAACGUUAUCCUGGCUUGGUUAAGAUUAACCUAGUGUUGUUUGUAGAGUCACCUGUAGUGUUUGAAUGGUGAAAGAGAAAAAGAAGUGGGGGAUCCAUACGACACUCCAGAAUUGUGUGCAAUAUUUUUCCUCUGCUCUUCUUGGGUUAUAGCGCCCUCUGGGGCUCACCCGGUGUCAUUAUGUAAUCUCACCUCUACUUCUCCCCAACAUGGGCAGUUCAAUUCCCACUGUUACUGACAAUGUUGUCUAUUGCUAACUGUGAAUUUGAGAGUGCAGACAAUAUUUUUGUUUUGUUUCCACUCUCCAAAUAUACAUCGUGUUUAUACAGACAUGAAAGUAACAAGAGAAUCACACUUCAAUUUUGUCCAUUUCAUGUUGGGAUCUUAAAAGGGUCAAUUCAAUGAACAAUGCAGCUGGCAGAUAGUGCAUUAACUGUAUAUAUGUGUUAAGGUUGAACAGCUUUUUAAAUCAUUUUAGUUUAGUUUUUAAAAGUGGUGCUUUGAUUUUAAACUGAGUUGUGGCUUCAGGGGAUGUCACAGGCCUCUGAUGUUUGAGUAUAGACUUCCUCCUGGAAGAGAAUCUGCUUCCCAAAUGGCACCCUAUUUCCUAUAAAGUGCACUACCUUUGUCCAGAGCCAUAUGGGCUCUGGUCAAAAGUAGCGCACUAAAUGGGGAAUAGGGUGCCAUUUAGAACGGAACCCUUGGUUUGGCGUCCAGGAAUACUUUAUGGUUUUUAUUAUUCAUUGUUGACGAUCAAGCUUUUCUCUCGUUUUUGCAUUCGUAUGUUUAAUGAACUCUGCUCAUGUGAGUGCCCUGCACUUGGUUCUGUUUUUUGGGGGGGAUUUUGUCUUUUUUGUUUGUUUCCUGUGUCUAUUUAAGAACAAGCAAUAUUCUUUCUGCCUCUUGGCAAACUGUAUGAAGACCCUGUUUUUUAGUUUGUUCUCGUUUUCUUACUGUGGAUAUUUAAAUCAGAGUAUUCUUUUUCUUUUUUUUACUCUUCUUGUAAAUGGUCCUCUCUUUCAUUUCAGUUUUUUUGUUGUGAUUUUACAAAAUGCCCCGAUGGUCAUAUCGGGAUUGGAUUCUUAUUGGCCACUGUUUUGAGUUGUUUUCAAAUGGUACCCAAUAUGCUUUACUCUUAAAAUUGCCAUAUGAAAACGUUUGCUUGUCAUAAGACAUAGAUUAGUUAUGGUGAAGGGCCAGACGGGUCCAUGGACCUGCAUAGGAAAACGUUUGCUUGUCAUAAGACAUAGAUUAGUUAUGGUGAAGGGCCAGACGGGUCCAUGGACCUGCAUAGGAAAACGUUUGCUUGUCAUAAGACAUAGAUUAGUUAUGGUGAAGGGGCCAGACGGGUCCAUGGACCUGCAUAGGAAAACGUUUGCUUGUCAUAAGACAUAGAUUAGUUAUGGUGAAGGGCCAGACAGGUCCAUGGACCUGCAUAGGGAAAUGUAUGAACAAAAAGACAUGCUCUGUCAUUUUGAACAUCGUUGUAGUUCUGUGAGAAGAUGCCCCAAUGAAAUUUACAAAAACAUUCUGGAACAUAGAAGGUAUUGCACAUUUGGUUAUCAGCGACUGGGUCAUUCAUUAUAUGUUAUAUUAGUUUGACGCAUUUAUGUUCAACAUAUUGCUUAAUUUAUUACACAGGUUAUUCUCAUUUACAAUAUUAUCCUGACGUGUUUAUCUCAUUUUCUUUGGGGUACCUUAAGGAAGUAAAACCUUACGUUUUCUGCUCAAACCAGCUACCUUUUUGAUUCCAGCAUCAUGCCACCCACAUGUUUUCCCCCAACACGUUUUGGGCAUUUUUGUAGAAUCUUAAAGAUUUUGAUCAUUACCUUGAGGAGGCCCUUCUCCAUUUGUCUAUUGACAAAUCGCCGCAUAGCAUGAGGGAUGGUGUCAUGUUGGAAUUGAGGAAUGUUAUAAAUUCCGCAAUAAACUGUUUUUCUGUUACGUGUACGCGGAGAGAAUUAAGUCAUUUGAAAAUGAGCAUUAUUCUUCUUCUCCUAUUUGGAAAUAUAGAUUCCUUUCCAUUUGCCAUGUGAAUGACCACCAUGUCUCUAUUAAACAUCAUUAUGUAUGUUCCAGUCUUUGUACGAUCAUUUGUUUGACGUAUAUUAUCACAAACAUGGCAAUAUUACCAUCAGAGGCUAUUGGGUCUAUGGCUGCCCAGGAAUUGUAGCUAAUGUGAUUUGAGUAAAAUACUUACAUAGCCUUACUACUUUGGCUCUCAUUCCUUCCCCUUUAUCCUCAAAGCAUAUUUUGUGUCGGUAUCUCAUUUAUGCUAUUGGAUCUUUACAUUGAUUACAACCUCUUCAGUCUCUCAUUUGAAGAGGUUAUCCCACAGAGAUCGUAUAAAUCACUAUGUCAUUCUAUGGGUUAUCCUCUCGUUUUAUGGGUUAGGGAAGCUCCUGAUCCCGAAUAGUCUGGAUGUGCCACUUGUUUUGAGUUUCAUAUUUAGAUUUGACUAUUUAAUUUCAAACCAUUCAAACUGUUUUCGUCAACUGAAAAGUCAAUUUUUUUGACAUGGUAUAACAAUCACAUGGUUCUAAUGGCCCUGGCCACCCCGUUGGCUAUUGUCUUUUUAAUACUUCCAUGACAUGCAAGUAUUCACACUGACAUGUUUAAACAUCUCACAAAUAAGUUUUGAGUAUACUUAAAGGUCCCUUGUUACACCAAUAGAGUAAUGUAUAAUUAAUCCUAUGUACAGAACUACAGGAGUCUCCCAUAGCCUACCCUCUGUCAUGCUUUACUUUGCACAGGUGGACAAUGCAUGUAACAGGUAGACCUGAUUUUGUGUCUGUCCAAUAAAUAUUUUACUAAAAGGA